AUGGUACAUGAAACCUACUUAUGGGGCUUCCCUGAUAGCUCAGUUGGUAAAGAAUCCACCUGCAAUGCAGGAGAUCCUGGUUUGAUUCCUGGGUUGGGAAGAUCCCCUGGAGAAGGGACAGGCUACCCACUCCGGUAUUAUGGCCUGUUGAAUUCUAUGGACUGUAUAAACCAUGGGGUCACCAAGAAUUGGACACGAGUGAGUGACUUUCACUUACCUAAUCGCAUUACAACAACAUAUAUAAAGGAAACUGUUUUUAUUUUUGGUUGUGCUGGGUCCUCAUUGCUGCUCAUAGGCUUUCUCUACUUGCAGUGA